GCCCCUCGCUGAUAAAGUGCAUGCUGCAGACGCCCGCGCCGGACGACAAAUCGGCAGUCCAGAGAAUGCUAGGAGUCGCCAAUUAUUUCGGCAAGUACCUUCCGUCACUAGCAGAACGGACAACGCUCUUGCGAAGCCUCCUGAAGCGAGACACAAUGUUUGAAUGGACUAGAAACCACGCGAUUGAGUGGCAGCAAUUAUGCACCGACCUCAGCAGGCAGCCCGUACUUUCCGUUUUUGACGCCACUAAGGUGACUAAAGUAUCGUGCGAUGCAUCGCAGAAUGGAAUCGGAGCGGCGCUGCUCCAGUGCAACAAUGAGACAUGGAAGCCGGUUGCCUAUGCCUCCCGAGUGCUAACUGAAGCCGAGCAGCGCUAUUCCCAAAUAGAGAAGGAAGCGAUGGCUAUUGUUUAUGGCUGCGAACGCUUUCACCACUUUGUGUAUGGCCGAAAAAUUAUCGUAGAGACUGAUCAUCACCCUUUGCUCGCUAUCGCUCAGAAACCAAUUGGUGAAAUGCCGCCCCGGCUGCAAAGAUUCUUUUUGAGAAUGAUGCGCUAUGACACGGAAAUGCGGUUCGUUCCAGGAAAACAGCUUCUACUGGCCGACAUGCUGUCACGGGCUCCCACCUCAAGUCGCGCCGGUGACGUCAGCAGCGAUGAUGUGGAAGUGCACGCGGACAACGCCACUAGAGUGCGGGCAGGCCCCAGCGGAAAUAUUACAAGGCAGAAGAUUGCGCAACACCUUGCCGGACGUGGGGACCGGACCGGACCACGCCAUCAAGAAGCGCUCCCAGACGAACCGUCCCGGAGGACUGCUGCCGCCGCUCGAAACAGGGGCCACGGUUCGUCUGCGUUCAAAAGGGGCCUGGACGACCAAAGCUAAAGUUCUCAGACCGUCCGGACACCCCAGGUCUUACGACGUCAAGACAGAGCAGGGGCGGCACCUGCGACGUAAUCGUAGACACUUGCUGCUAACCAGCGAGCCCUUCAGCUCGGACCUUCCUGAAGGCAGCGAGGAUGAAGGGCAGCCUACAACGGCACAAGUGGGGCCAAGGACCUUGCCCUUGCCGGGGUCCAGUGAUGCGGCGCCGAGCACGGGCACAGACGCAUCACCAAUUCUAAGAAGAUCACAGCGACAGCGCAAGGCGCCUAAACGCCUAGCUUAUAACGAAAACUUUGUUCAAGCGCCGUGAGUGAAACCUUAACAGAUAUUGAAUGUAUGCUCUUGGAUUUCCAUUGUUUUAUGCAGCAAGGAGGAUGUAUCGUAUCUUGCGCAGCGUGUGCCUCGUGUCAAACCCGCCCCCUCAAGAUAUGGUUGUGCGGCGAGGGUUCGCACCCUUUCUCGUUCUACUCGGCAUAUAAAGGCCGCCCAAUAAAGAUAUGCGUUCUUGUUC